UGGGGGGGGGCAAACAAAGGUUGAUCAAUGGGCCACAGCAAUUUGCAAUCACUCCUCUAUCUGCACAACAGCAUUGGAAGAAUUUAUUCUCGAGCAGUGCCCAUCCUGUGUAAUACUUUGCAACGUGCAUAUUCUUACAGACUGGCACAAAACUUAUUUUGAAGGUUAUUUCUGCACUGUCAUAUUGCCAUACUGCAAGGUUCUGGAAGAUGCCUUCUGGGCAAGCCCGCCUCUUCUGUUUCUUCAUUUUCUCACAACAAUGACUCUCUUAGUCCUGUGCGAACAGUUCGCUAUCACUGCAGUCACAUAGUAAGUAUUUGCAAGACAUAAUUAGUCCCCUUUAAACAAAAACUUGACAGAGGUCGCCUUUUUAGAGACAAACAGAAUGACUGAUUUCAGUAUUGAUCUCAUGCUUAAGCAACUUCCUUUUUCCUUACUCACGCUUCCCUUUUCAGGUUCUGCUGAAGUCACUUCCAGAAAGAGUUUUUCUAAAAAGCAUCAAGAAUAAGAUUCUGCCCUGUUGAUACUGGGAUCCUCCCAGCUGAAGAACCUCAUAUUUGUGCCCAAAUCUGCCAUAAUAGUGCUACGGCAACAGAUUUUUUUUAAAGGCAAAUGUGUUAUCCAAGCAAGUGGGAUAAAGACAUGCCCAAAAGAUUUAUUUGGCAGAGAGUUACUUCUCCAUAAGAUACAUUUUGCAAGUAUUUCCACAUUUUUCUGCAAUUUUGUAGCACUUGCAAACAUUUUCAUAGACUUCACAAUACUAAGAUGACACCAUCAGAGGGCACCAUCCAUUCAGAUUGGCUUCAGUUUUAGGAGAAAUGCAAGCCUCCAAUAGGAUCUCUUGAGCUAUUAGCCUCCAACCGCCACUUUUAUAUAGUAGGAAAAAAAUAAAUUUUCGUUUUGAUUAUGCAUGUAAAGAUUGUGGUAUGGAAUUUCAGAUCAGGAUGUACUAUACACAUCUACAGCAAUGGAGGUGAUGCCUUCCAGGAAUCUUACGACAGGAUUUGCACUUAAAUAUUCAACAAAGAUGUUGCUGUUAAUUUCAGUACAUUAUAUCUCUAGUAGCAAAGCCUACCACUAGGGUUAGGAAAGCCAAACUAACGAUAAUAAAUAUAAAUACGAACUGGGAAUUUCUAUUGUUAUCUUGGAAUUGGACUCUGCCCCCAUGUUCCCCUUGUCCAGUUUCUCCUGGGAGCCCUUGAAGCCAGUGCCAUCGCUCUGGAGGAUGAUAGAAGAGCAGCUAGCACCCAGCGAGAGACUGGAAGUGAAGACUAUUUUGGGAAUUGAUCUUGUGGACCACAGCUUGGAGCUUCAUAAUGAGGUAAAGAUUCUCUUGGAAUUCUAUCAAGAGCUGCAGUUGGACCAUUUUGAGCAAAGACCCAAUAACUGCAUCUUGCUGGCUGCUCCUUCCCACCUGAAAGAACUAGUAAGAGAGGAGAUUCGCUUACUCCUGGUUGACUUGCAGCAAAAGGCUUUGCAGGAGGGAAGGGACCAUGACUUUGCCAUUGCUAAAUACAACACACAUGUGAUCAACUUUGCUUUCAAGACAAAUGCUGGAAGUAAUCGGCCAUCAUCUGGGAGCAACAAUCUCAUCAGGUCAUUGUCCUGUAGCAGCAUAAAUGAUUUGGAAUCAUAUUCCGAUAAACUGAAUAUAGCUCAGAUCGGCGAAAUAACCUCUAGACUUAGGACUUUGCUAGAGGAUGAAUGCCAUGCUCUGGAAAGAUACAUUACACAUAUACAGAACCAACUAGAGGAGGUGCAUCAGCAUGCUACUGAGCUGCAAGACAAAAUGCAUGAACCCACCAUGGCUGAACUACAGGAAGAGAAACGUGUCAUGGAACGGGAUUUGCAAUUGAGCCUGCCCAAGUCACGUCCUAGGCCUCCUUCCCCGAUGUCGAACCAGCUUGGGAAUAGCACCCAUUUGUCUCAGCUCAGCCAUCCAAGAGGCUUAGUGAAAGGGCCAGGAUUUGGACAGAUCAAUCCUGCUUCUAAUGAGAUUCCUUCACCAGAUCCCAGGGAUCAGAUUUCUCUACUCUGCUAUCGGCCAUCAUCCCGAUGGAGCCAUUUGACAAGAACCCCUUUGGGAUGGAUGCAGCAAAAGAGUGAGGAUUCUAACCAGGCAAGGAAGGACAGUGACAUUAAGUUGCCUACAACAUUGGGACAUCCAACUGCUUCAGUACAUAGAUCAGCAUCAGCAUCAGGCUGGGAACCUGCUUUUCUUCCCAUGCCUCCUACAGAACCUUGUCCUCCAUCUCGCUUUUGUCCCCGUAUUAGAUUGUUGCAGUGUAAAGGGCCAAGCUAAGAAAAAUAGAACUUCCUCUUCCUCUUGACAUCUCACCCCUUGCUCUGUGGCAACAGUGCCCAUUGAAACCGUAUGCUGCUGUCCCCUACGCUUGAAAUGGGCUUAAUGUUGGCUGCUGCUGUCUUUGCUCAUUCUUAUGUUCAAAUUCAUGGAUUCCAAAGAAAGUAACAAGGCCAUGCUAAAUAGCCCUUCUUCUGUACAGAUAAG